AUGUGGUGUGUGCGUGAGCAGACUUCUAGAAGCACUAUAAUCAAGCCAACCAACAUGAUCAUUCAAUCUAUCUUCAUACAAAUUACGUUUUGGUGGUCACUAUCGACAACGGUCGAAUGUGUCCUGGUGGAGCAAUCAAGUGAGAGACGGACAUCCGCGGACAGCGUUCCGCUUCCCGACAUUCCGAUGGCCAGCGAGGAGAGCGUUCACAUGCUAACGGCCGUUCGAUUCCCACCGCCAGCGCUGUUCUUUGCCAAUCCCGACAAGAAAUGGUCGCUGGGCGAUUUCGAAAAACCUGAUCUGGUGGCGACUUACUCCGUCACUGACGACAUGCAGGACGAACAAGACGCGUACCUACAGCAGGACCCAGCCACGACCACCGAACCGGAAACGGAAGCGGAAGCUGAGGUGACCACCAUAGUGGCUGAAGUCGACGAAUCAGUAAACGGACUGCAGCAGACGACCGGUGACAGACACGUGGAAAGUCUGCAGCCCACCAGUGAUGCACUUGCAGAGAGUCUGCAGCCAACUCACGACCGACUCGUAUACAGUCAGUCUACCACCGCCGAUCGAAAGCAGCAGUCACCUCCGAUGCAUGUCGUGAACCAACUAUCGGCAGACAGUUGGUCGGAAAAACGAUGGACGGCUCCCCGAAACCGACCUCGACGCCCGGUGGCAUCGGAACACGGCCGACCGCCAACAAAGAAAAUCGUUUUGACCAGCCGACCGCUUCCAGUGCCCGACGCCAACGUCCGGUUUCCCGACGUCGAGUACGCGGUGGCCCGACUUGGUGAGCGGAAAAACUUGGGCGAUUUUCACCGACAAUAG